GACUCCCUUCUCCGCUCCUCUUGGGAAGCUCGCUCCCUCAGCUACUACGACGGCCCCUCCCUGUGCGUCAUGCGCGUGCGCUACCUAAUUCCGGCCUCUGCCCUCGGUAGCCAAAGGGCUGCAAGAAACAGGCCGGAGAAGCGGGGGGAGGAGAAGAGAAGAGAAGGGCGUUCGCGCAUGCGCCUCAAAACUGCCUCCUUCUGUUCGCUAUACCCGACCUUGUAAGCGGGCGGCGACGGGAUGGGGCGCGGAGCGGGGCCCGGAUGAGGCCGGAGAGGAGCCAAGCUCAGCACAGCCGUCCUGCCAGCGACGGGCUCCCCACCCACCCGCUCAGGCAUAAUGGAUAGGUAACAGGAUAUUGUUCUGCUGUGGUGCCAGAGAGUAAGAAUGACGGAGUGCUUCCUGCCUCCCACCAGCAGCCCCAGUGAACACCGCAGAGUAGAACAUGGCGGGAGUCUUGCUCGGACCCCAAGCUCUGAAGAAAUCAGCCCAACAAAAUUCCCUGGCCUGUAUCGAACUGGCGAGCCAUCACCACCUCACGACAGCCUGCAUGAGCCUCCAGAUAUUGUGUCUGAUGAUGAGAAAGAACAUGGGAAGAAGAAGGGAAAAUUUAAAAAGAAGGAGAAAAGAACGGAAGGCUAUGCAGCCUUCCAGGAAGACAGCUCUGGGGAUGAAGCUGAAAGCCCCUCCAAGUUAAAGCGCUCCAAAGGGAUCCACGUUUUCAAGAAGCCAAGUUUUUCCAAAAAGAAGGAAAAAGAUUUUAAGAUAAAAGAAAAACCCAAAGAUGAAAAACAUAAAGAGGACAAGCACAAGGAGGAAAAACAUAAAGAGAAAAAAUCUAAGGACUUGACAGCAGCGGAUGUUGUGAAACAGUGGAAAGAGAAGAAGAAGAAAAAGAAGCCAGCUCAAGAGGCAGAGAUACCGCAGGUGGAUAUUCCCAGGCCUCGCCCUGUGUUUGGUAUCCCUUUGGCAGAUGCAGCAGAAAGGACCAUGUUGUAUGAUGGCAUCCGCCUGCCAGCAGUUUUCCGGGAAUGUAUAGAUUACGUAGAGAAAUAUGGCAUGAAAUGCGAAGGCAUCUACAGAGUUUCAGGAAUUAAAUCAAAGGUGGAUGAGCUAAAAGCAGCAUACGACCGAGAAGAAUCCCCCAACCUGGAGGAGUAUGAGCCUAACACUGUAGCCAGUUUGUUGAAACAGUAUCUGCGUGAACUUCCUGAGAACUUGCUUACCAAAGAGCUCAUGCCUCGCUUUGAAGAUGCUUGUGGGAAGAGCCUGGAGGUUGAGAAAUUGCAGGAGUGCCAGCGUCUCCUGAAAGAACUACCAGAGUGCAACUAUCUCCUAAUUUCUUGGCUGAUUGUGCACAUGGACCAUGUAAUUGCAAAGGAGCUAGAAACAAAAAUGAAUAUACAGAACAUUUCCAUAGUACUCAGCCCAACUGUUCAGAUCAGCAACCGUGUCUUGUAUGUGUUUUUCACACAUGUUCAAGAGUUCUUUGGAAAUGUGGUUCUGAAACGGGUGACAAAGCCUCUACGCUGGUCUAACAUGGCAACAAUGCCAGCAUUGCCUGAAACACAGGAAAGCAUCAAAGAAGAAAUUAGAAGACAGGAAUUCCUGUUGAAUUGUUUACACCGAGACCUACAGGCGGGGAUCAAAGAUUUAUCCAAAGAGGAGCGAUUAUGGGAGGUGCAAAGAAUUUUGACUGCUCUCAAAAGGAAGCUAAGAGAAGCUAAAAGACAAGAGUGUGAAACAAAGAUUGCACGAGAGAUUGCCAGCCUUUCAAAGGAGGAUGUUUCCAAAGAGGAAAUGAAUGAGAAUGAAGAAGUUAUUAACAUUCUGCUCGCUCAGGAGAACGAGAUUUUGACAGAACAAGAAGAGCUGCUGGCAAUGGAGCAGUUUUUGCGCAGACAAAUUGCCACCGAAAAAGAGGAAAUAGAUCGCCUCCAAGCAGAAAUAGCAGAAAUUCAAAGUCGGCAGCAUGGUCGAAGUGAAACCGAAGAAUAUUCUUCUGAAAGUGAGAGUGAGAGCGAAGAUGAGGAAGAGCUACAAAUAAUCUUGGAAGACUUGCAGAGGCAGAAUGAAGAUCUAGAGAUUAAGAACAACCAUCUGAACCAAGCGAUUCAUGAAGAGCGAGAGGCCAUCAUUGAAUUGCGAGUGCAGCUCCGGCUCUUGCAGAUGCAGCGAGCAAAAUCGGAGCAGCAGGUGCAGGAAGAAGAAGAGCUUGAGAAACGGGCAGGCAUCCAGCAGCAGCAGCAGCAGCAGCCCCAGCAGCCCCAGCCACCAAGAGAGACUGUCCCGGAGACAAAAGCAGUGAAAGAGCAGCCAAAGGCAAUCAAGGAGCCAGUGAAGCCAUCGCCAAGCAAGGAGAGAAAGGAAACACCAAUUUAAUUGGAUUCCUAAGGUAUUCAGACGACCACCUGGGGCAAAGCCAGGACUGUGCAACUUACUGUAAAUCUGAGGCAUGUAUAUUCUGUAAAUAGGUUGUCUUUUACACCCUGGAGACAUUUUGUCUCCUCCCUACCUGUGGCUUCUGCCUAUCAGGCUCAGGUUAUUUGGAAGGACAAAGCAAUUUGAGAUGGGGAAGAGGGUGCAGCACAGCUGUUACUUUGCGAUGUCAGAUACUGGCAUCAGGUGACAAUAAAUGACUCGUUGGGAAGUUUUAUUUUCAAACAGUUGGGUCUGGAGCAGUCUUGGAAAUUCUCUCAUGUGUUUUCUUCCUAAGGGCUACUUCAUGCAUCAUUUCACUACACUUAGUGUAGGGGGAAAGCCUACAUACCCAACCUUGUAAUUGGCUACUCUUCCUGGUAGCCAUUGUUGUUUAGUCGUGUCCGACUCUUCGUGACCCCAUGGACCAGAGCACGCCAGGCACGCCUGGUAGCCAUAGGCAGUAGAAUUUCCCAGGAGUUGUAUAGGCUGCUGGGAGAGGGAUGGAUUGCUCUGUUCCUUUUUCACCAUACCACUUGACAGGCUUUUUUUAGUAUUGACUGUAGAGAAGGGUUCUUCCUUUCCGCUGCAGCCAACUUGGAAAUGUAAGCAACUAGCCUCGUAGCCUGGAUUUUUUAAAAAACUAGCCUGUUAAUAAGUUGUAUGGGCUUAUUUAAAAGGCUGCACAUGUCUAUGUAUGUGUCAUGUGCAGAUCAUGCUAGUUUCUAUUUUGCUGUACACACACACACACACACACACACACACACACACACACACACACGUUGGGAAGCCACAGUUGGCAGCAACAAAAUAGAUAAAUGCAACUAUCAUCCAUAAUAGUGUUCACAUUUUUUCCACUCAGCUGGUGAAAGAUGUGUGAAGUGGCUCUUGGGUCAGAAUCAGAUCCAACCGAUAACCAUACAUUUACUUGCUUUGUGAAUUUCUUUGCUCUCCAUUGUAAUUUCUAUCUUUUUACUCACUCUUGCUUGUGCUUUUGGUACAGAUUAUGAGCAGUGGAGCUUUACAAACUAGAUUUGUCCUGAGUGGAUGGGAGGUCUUCAAGGGCAAAGCAUUAAUAUUAUUCAGCAUGUUCUCAUUUGACAUUUUUAAAGCUGUAUGGAACUAUACGUAAAGCUGAGGUGCAAAGAUUGAUGAGCACAGCCCCAUAAAUGAAAGUUACCCACAAAGUUCUGUUAAACCUUGGCAAUGCAUUUAAGUAUAGGACUAAUGAACUAGGAAAUGUUCCUUACAAGUGAGAAUACAAGCACCAUGUAAGUAAAUAGCCAACACCUCGUAAUGCAGACUCUUUUAAUUUCUUUUUAAAGUUGAUUCCUAUGCUUUGAUAAUUUAACAGGGACCCACACAUUUUCACUUAAUAGCCAGCCCCCAAUUUGCCAAGCUUGGAAAGGGGCUAGAUUUUUUGAUGUACUGGUUUUUUGAGAUGCAGAGUACUUUCAAGUACAGUGCAACACAAAGAACUCUGACCUCCUCCUGGAGCUAGGAAGGUGGUGGGUAAUCACCUGUGCCAUUGUACUGUGCCCCUGAGAAGCAUGGGAAUGUCUCCAGGAUUGUCGCAGAAGUUGCAUUAUGCUUCUGGUGCUCUUGGAAUGCCUAGGAGACAGAAUGACACAGAGAAGCAACUGCCCCCUUCUCAGGAUUGAGGCUAGGAACUCCUUGAGAGUUGUGCAGUGAUUUUGGGGCACCCUAAGCUACUCUGAAGUAUAGUGUGACUACUGAGACAAAUCCUUAACUCCAAGCUCAGGAGGCGGACUGUGGCUCAUCAUUCUUUCCAAGGGCAAUGGGGCACUAGCCAUGGUGAGCAUAUUUGUGAACUUCUGAGUAAUUAAAGCUGUUGGACGAUGUGGCUUACUUAAUCAGGUAAUAUACAUCUCUCUUUGUACACAAGUUCAAGCUAUUCAGAUGUCCUCCAAUAAUUCCUGAUGGAGAGAGUGGCUUCCUUUUGCUUGAUCAUUUGCUGUUGCCAGCAACAAAUAGUUUUGGUAACGUUUGUAUUUCAGCAGCACCCAUUUUUAAACGCCCAGUUUAAUUGAAUUGGUCAUCUCAGUAAUGUAGAACAGAUUCCACAGGGUGCUUUAUAGCUUAUUUAGUUUCUAGUCUGCAUUAUUUAUUUUGUUUGGUGUGGUUUUCUUUGCCUAUUGCACUGCUUAUGAAUCAUUGGCCAUGAUUUUAUUUUGUACAAAUAACGCUUUGAGAUAUGUUACAGAGAACCGCUUAUUUUUUUAAACUUUGAAGAAAAGAAUUUAUGGGGACUGGUCAGAUGACGGUUGUGUGUGCAUAAAGCAUUUUCCUUUGCCUGUUACAUACAUUUUAUAUUUUCUGGCAGUAUUUAAACUUUUUUUUUGUUUAAAUUCUCACUAAUUUCUAUUAAAUUGUCAAACCUUUAUAUAAUCAAUGUUCAUCAAGCAAAUAUCUUGCUGUUGGUUAACUUCUAUUUUGUCAAUACCAUGUUAAUCAAGUAAAUAAAUUCUACAGCCAUC